UUUAAGUAUACGUGUUAUUUGACGUGCGUUUUAAGCAUUUCACAAAGAUAAUGUUCAAUUAAAAGAAGACUCCUACAAUAAACCAUUACGUUAGCCAAAACAAGAUGCAGGUUAUUAAAGGACUGGUGCUGUUGCAACUGGUGUUGUUCCUAGUAGACGAAGCGCUGGCGGGGCGAGACUUUUACAAGAUUUUAAAUGUCAAGCGCAAUGCAAACACAAAUGAGAUUAAGAAGGCGUACCGGCGACUGGCCAAAGAGCUGCAUCCUGAUAAAAACAAAGACGAUCCAGAUGCAUCCAGUAAAUUUCAGGAUCUGGGCGCUGCCUAUGAAGUGCUAUCAAAUGCUGACAAGCGCAAGACAUACGACCGCUGCGGCGAGGAGUGUCUGAAAAAGGAAGGCAUGAUGGACCAUGGCGGCGAUCCGUUCAGCAGCUUCUUUGGUGACUUUGGCUUUCACUUUGGCAAUGGUGAUCCGCAUCAGCAUGAUACGCCGCGUGGUGCCGACAUUAUAAUGAAUAUGUUUGUGUCGCUGGAGGAACUUUACUCCGGCAACUUUGUGGAGAUUGUGCGCAAUAAGCCUGUGUCGAAGCCUGCUGCAGGCACACGCAAAUGCAAUUGCCGUCAGGAGAUGGUUACACGCAACUUGGGUCCUGGACGCUUCCAGAUGAUACAGCAAACAGUUUGCGAUGAAUGUCCCAAUGUUAAGCUCGUCAACGAGGAGCGUACGCUGGAAAUUGAGGUGGAGCAGGGCAUGGUCGAUGGCCAAGAGACGCGCUUUGUUGCUGAGGGUGAGCCGCAUAUUGAUGGCGAGCCCGGCGAUCUAAUUGUGCGUGUGCAGCAGAUGCCACAUGAUCGCUUCCUGCGUAAGGGCGAUGAUCUCUAUACAAAUGUAACCAUAAGUCUGCAGGAUGCGCUUAUUGGUUUCAACAUGGAAAUUAAGCAUUUAGAUGGACACAUAGUACCAGUGACAAGGGAAAAGAUUACCUGGCCAGGAGCGCGCAUACGCAAGAAGGGCGAGGGCAUGCCCAACUUUGAAAAUAAUAAUCUAACUGGCAAUCUCUACAUAACCUUUGACGUAGAGUUUCCCAAAAAGGACCUCAGCGAGGAGGAAAAGGAAUCACUUAAAUCUAUACUCGAGCAGUCGUCCCUCAAUCGAGUCUACAAUGGGCUGUGAAUCCUUGGCCAAAAUUUGGAGCACAGGGCUGUACUUUAAGUAGUAUUUAUUCUAGAGUGUGUAGACUCGUGUGUUUACAGCGCCAAAAAAAAUUAACAAAAACUUAAUUGUAAUUUAGCAAUUGUAAAAUAUAAAAACAAAUACGAAGCCGUAAUGACAGCAAGAUGAACAGAAAACAAAAAUAAAUUUAA